CGGAGACGCGGCGGCGGCGGUGGCAGCGGCAGCGCAGCCUCCUCUUCCCCCGGGAAGCCGUCCGGGCUUGAGGCCGGGCCCCAGACGCCACGCUAGGCGCCGUGGCGCCGCCGUUGGUGCUGGGCACUCCUGCCCCCAGCACAUGAGCAGCCCAGCCUGCUGACCACCGCUCCACACCUGUCCAUCCCCCCACGACCACACCAUGUCCGGCUCCUACGACGAGGCCUCACUAGCUCCUGAGGAGACCACUGACAGCUUCUGGGAGGUCGGGAACUACAAGAGGACAGUGAAGCGCAUCGAUGACGGACACCGCCUGUGCAACGACCUGAUGAACUGCGUGCAGGAGCGCGCCAAGAUCGAGAAGGCCUACGCGCAGCAGCUCACCGACUGGGCCAAGCGCUGGCGCCAGCUCAUCGAGAAAGGCCCACAGUAUGGCAGCCUGGAGCGGGCCUGGGGCGCCAUCAUGACUGAGGCAGACAAGGUGAGCGAACUGCAUCAGGAGGUGAAGAACAACCUACUGAACGAGGACCUAGAGAAGGUCAAGAACUGGCAGAAGGACGCCUAUCACAAGCAGAUCAUGGGAGGCUUCAAGGAGACCAAGGAGGCUGAAGAUGGCUUCCGCAAGGCCCAGAAACCUUGGGCCAAGAAGAUGAAGGAGCUAGAGGCAGCCAAGAAGGCCUACCACCUGGCCUGCAAAGAGGAGAAGCUGGCUGUGACACGAGAGAUGAAUAGCAAGACGGAGCAGUCAGUCACACCUGAGCAACAGAAGAAGCUGCAGGACAAAGUGGACAAGUGCAAGCAGGAUGUGCAGAAGACGCAGGAGAAGUAUGAGAAAGUGCUGGAAGAAGUGGGCAAGACCACUCCCCAGUACAUGGAGGGCAUGGAGCAAGUGUUUGAACAGUGCCAGCAAUUUGAGGAAAAGCGACUGGUCUUCCUCAAGGAGGUGCUGCUGGACAUCAAACGUCACCUCAACCUAGCUGAAAAUAGCAGCUAUGUCCAUGUGUACCGGGAGUUGGAGCAGGCCAUUCGGGGGGCUGACGCCCAGGACGACCUCAGAUGGUUCCGCAGUACCAGCGGUCCCGGCAUGCCCAUGAAUUGGCCCCAGUUUGAGGAGUGGAACCCAGACCUCCCUCACACCACCACCAAGAAGGAAAAACAGCCCAAGAAGGCAGAGGGGGUAGCGCUGACCAAUACCACUGGGGUGGUGGAGUCCACAUCACAGGCUGGGGACCGUGGCAGCGUUAGCAGCUAUGACAGGGGCCAGCCUUAUGCCACUGAGUGGUCAGACGAUGAGAGCGGGAACCCAUUUGGGGGCAAUGAGGCCAACGGGGGCUCUAACCCCUUCGAGGAUGACGCCAAGGGAGUGCGUGUGCGGGCACUUUACGACUACGACGGCCAGGAGCAGGAUGAGCUCAGCUUCAAGGCUGGAGACGAGCUCACCAAGCUGGGCGAGGAGGACGAGCAGGGUUGGUGCCGCGGGCGGCUGGACAGCGGGCAGUUCGGCCUCUAUCCCGCCAAUUACGUGGAGGCCAUCUAGCUGCCCUGCUCCCCUCCACACUACCCCUCACUCCUUGCCCUCCCUUCCCAAUCUUGUCACCUCCCCUCGCCAUAGAGCUCCAGACAUAUUUUCCGAUCAAGCUUUUAUUUUUUUAAAAGUCAAAACAGAACAAAACAAAAAAUACAAAGAGAUGGAGCAUUUGCAGGGCCCCCUGGAGGCCAGGCUGGAGGCGCUUGGGGUAAUGGCCCCUGGGUAGGUCAAGGUCUUAGGACUUAGCCCAACAAAGACAUCACAACAUCUGCUCUUUAGAUCCCACCAAAAAGUCCCCUCAGCCCCGAGAGGCAUCUCCUGGGCCCUUUUAUUCUGAUUCAGUGCCCCCAUCCCAUCCCUUUCCUCCCCACCCCUGGCUGCCAGCACCUGCCCCACCCCCUCCCCUGGCCACUGUUUUCUGACCUCUUUCUCCUGCCCCAUGCUGCUCCCCUUCCACUACCACUUUACUCUCAGAGGCCUCCCCUCCAACCCCAGACAAGGGGCCUCCCAGUGUCGAGUCUUCCACUGUGCCCUGGGGAGUGCUCUUCUUCUCUGGGCCUCGCCCCUCUGGAAGAGAAAUAGUCACCCUCUUUUCCCAUAGAGGUUUCCAGGUGUCUCUAGACUCUCUCAGGCAUGAAGAGGGUUGAGCUGGAGUUGGUGACAGAGUCACUGUGGUGUAGGAGGGUGAGUGAAGGGGGAGCAGGCUCUCAGGCUUCCCAACGCCAGGAUCGGCUGAGGAAUGGGGACCCUGCUAGGGCCCUUCUUUCCAGCUGUCCGCACUUCAGGCCUGGGCUCUUUCUCAGAGCCAUAGCCUUCGGUACUUGCAGAGACACUCUCCCCACAAAGUCCUCAGGCAGUGGGGAGGGGCCCCAAAGCACAGGGCAAAGCCAGCAACAGUAGCAGCCUCCUCCUAUUUCCUGGGGAGGAGGGCAUCUUGCUCACCCACCCACCCUCCUUCACUCCCCACACCCACCCUCCUUCCCUUUACAUCCAUCUAAAACUAGAGAAGCACUAGGUUCAGCCAGCCUUCAGGCCAAGGCUUGGAGUCUCCUAUUUUCUUUCCCAUUCUCUGGCCUGCCUGGGGAGAUACCGUGGGCCCCAUGGGAGCGUCCAGCCUGGGACCAUCAGGGAAAGCCUGCAGCCAAUAGCAGAGGCAUGGGGUUGGCAGGAGGGAGGAGCCCUGGCCCUCAGGAGCAGGGCAGUCACCAUGUCUUCCUUCUCCCCUCCAUAAUCAAGGCCCUGGCCCUGGAGCAACGUUCCCCCUGCUGGCAGCGCCUUCCCCCUACCCCCUACCCCCUACACCCCACCUCUCCAAGCCUGGGUCUCAGUUAAAGGACGGUGGGGUGAGAGGAGACAAAGGGCUUGCCCAGAGCAGCAGUGUUUCCUAUGGCUGGUGAAAGAAAGUAGUGCUGGAUUACCGUGGCAGUGGGGGCAGGGUGGUUGGAAAGCAGACCGAGGUGGGACAAGAUCCCAACAAGUGGGGCACUGGCUGGAAGAGGAAUCUCCCAGAACCUCUGCAGGGAGGCCCUGAGACUUCCUGCAGCACCAGGUGAGCCUUACGGUGAUGCCACUUUCGGGCUUCAGGACUGUAGACACCCUACUCCCUCCCAUCGCACCUGGCCCCCUGGGCCUCUAGGUGAAGACAGCAGAUACCCCAGCCCCUCUGUCGCCCAUCCGCCUCUUGCUCCUGCUUCUUCUCCCCUACAGUCUACUGGUAGGUCACAGGCCCCAGCCUCAAAGUCCUGACCCUGCGGUUCAUGUGGCACAGAGAAACCUGGCAUCCUCAGGCAGGGACCAGAGCUGGGGCAGGCCUCCCUCAAGGCCAGGAAAGUUGGCGGGUGGGGAUGAUGGCACCCCUAGGGACAGGCAGGCUCCCCUCCACAGCACACCUCUUCUUAUCACUGCUCUGUAGGCCUCUGUUGCAGCCCGAGAUAUGCCCAAGGCCCCUUAGGGCCUGGAGCAAGAUUUUGGGAACCUUCAGCCCUCCCAAUGCCAGAACAAAAGCCCCUUCUGCCUCUCCUCCAAGCAGGAGCUGGAGUUGAGGGCCUCUGCCCUUUACCACCUACUACUGGAAGUCAGGAAGCUGCCACAUCUGCACCUUGGAGCCUAGGCUCCCUCUCUCUGUGCCAGCAGUUUCCCAGCACCUGGGGAGGGGCAGUGGCCCUGGCUGUCCCCCUCAGCACUCUAGCUGCCCACUCGGGCAGGGACUUGAAACUCAAUUCCUUCUGAGCACUGGGUCCCGGGCUCCUCAAGCCCUGGAGUGGGAGGGUCCCGCCUGGAAGACCCCCUGAGCUCCCGGGGCCCAGACCCACCUGCCAGUGCUGGUGUCAGGGCCCUCAACGUCAAGCGUGGGGCCGCGCUCCUCACCGAGCCCACCGCCUCCUGUAGCCCCCUGCCCGCACCCUCGAUGCUGCACGGGCCACUCUCCAGGGCUCAGCGAGUGACGUGUCUCUUCCCAAGUUAACCACCGUUCUGCGGCCUGGCCCUGCAAGGAGCCAGGACUGCCCUGCCACCGCCCUCUGCCGCCCUCGGCUUCCUGACUCCAUUAGUCCGACACUUGUGAAACUCCGAGAAGUGCUGUGGUCUCAGCAAUGCACCUGUUUUGUACAUGAUUGUGUAAUUUAAAGGUAUAUAAAUACAAAUAUAUAUA